AUCCUUUCGUUGUACCAACUGCCAUACUCCCUAUCUAUUGACUGAUCCCUUCAGCAAGAGCUGGCGUUGCGAAGGCUACCUUACUGUGUUCUAGGCAGUCUCCUUCCAGACCAAACGAAGCCGACGACGGCGACCAGUCGACAUUUCGCUAUACAACAGUGUCAGGCGAUUCGGACUAUAUCCUUGUGCGCUGACGACCACCACCCAAAAGAGCCAGUAAUUACGCAUAGCCAUAUCGGAGGAGUCGAUCCGGUCCAGACUUUGGCAGGAGGAGAUCAGACUCGAGGAUCAAGCUACGAUUGCUGCGCAGAACAGGAGGAUUUAGCUUCGCAAGAAGGGAGGAUACGAUACACGAGAGGCUCGGGAAUCGCGCGCUUCGGCGCAAAGAAUCUGGUCUACAACCUUUGAAAUGUAUGGAGGAAGAGGGAUUCAAGAAGACAUCUCUACAUCUCCCAACACAAAACCUUCGCCUUUUGGCGCCAUCAAACGCAUACGAGCGCCAGGUCGGCCACGGGCGCAGAGCUAUAGGACCCUCGAUGGUCUGUUAGCAGGAAGAGAUGCUGUGGCGUGGUAUUGGAGGUCGGUAGGGAUAGCGUCGAGUUUUCUGAUUCUGGGCGGUUUCCUUAUGCUCCCCGUGACAUUCGAACGAGACCCAGUCCUACGAGUAGCAGAAGCCGCCCUCGGCAUCUUCGCAUUAGCUCUCCUUACCGCAGGCUUCUCCUUCACAGCGCUCCUUUGCUACGCAGUGCGCAAUCCACUUUUCCGAGCGGAUAAUGUCUUCCUCCCCGCUUUCACAUCCUGCGCAUUAGGUCUGUUGACCGUCUUCUACAAUUUCCUCGUCUUCAAAAGAUAUUACUGGAAUACUCCCGCCUUGUUGGUGACGAUAGGGGCAGCUGUCAGCACUACCGUAUAUGGAGGACUUUUGAUCUGGGCCCAGCAAAGAGUCGGAAAAGAGAGGACCCGCAUACAGUGUUUGCCCGUGCCCAUGAUGCAGAUGGGAACCACAACACGUAAUAAUGCUGGAGCUGAAACCAGCUACAGACCUUUCGCGCAAGAGCAGACAUACUAUUCCAACUACAACCAAAACAUGUUUCCUUCUGCAUAUAGUCGUGCAGGAGAAGGGUUACCACAACAGCCACCUCCACCACUUCAAACCGGAGGAGGAUAUGACCCGAACUGCAUCACAGAAGAAGAAAUGCAACGGCAACAAAUGCUCAUGCUACUUCUCAACCGCGAAGAACAGCCUGCGUCACCACAUCCGACCACCACAUCCAGCACUUACCAAAUUGACUGGCAGGAGGAGGAUGCUAUAACGGCGACUACGCCCGCCGGAGGUUGGUUCGCUCCCCCUCCACCAAUGACGGCAACCCACACGCCGUCGUCUUCGUACUCGCAAACUGCAAAGCCUUUCUCUGCAUCGGCACAGUCGAAUGCCUCUCCUAUUACUGCGCAGGAUUUGAGACCUUGGGAUGGAGUAUGGAGAGAAGUGAGAAGGCCUGCGAGUCAGGACUUGAGAGAGGCGAGGAGGAGGGAGAUUGAAGGAUUGCCAUAG